AUGUCACAGUCUGUGCAUCUCCUCACCCCAUCGAACCUCGCCGUCCCCAAACACAACACCUCCUUCCUUUCGCCCUUCAAUCGCCGGUUACCGGUCACCACCACCACCGCCACAACCGCCGUCCCCGUCUUCCCGAAGCUUUCGAUCAGAGCCGCCUCAUCCGAUCGCGAGCCUUCCGUUAUCGUCACCGACAACGGCACUUCCUCGUUGGGGCUCCAACCCCCUGCUUCGCAGCCCGACCAUGCUCUCUCCAGCUCCAUCGAGGUCGACGCUGUCACCGAAGCCGAGCUCAGAGAGAACGGAUUCCGUAGCACAAGGCGCACCAAGCUCAUCUGCACCAUCGGCCCAGCCACCUCCGGCUUCGAACAGCUCGAGUCGCUCGCUGUUGGCGGCAUGAACGUCGCUCGCAUCAACAUGUGCCACGGCACUCGCGAAUGGCACCGCGAGGUCAUACAACGCGUCAGGAAGCUCAACGAGGAGAAGGGGUACGCCGUCGCCAUCAUGAUGGACACCGAAGGCAGCGAGAUUCACAUGGGCGAUUUCGGUGGCGCCUCUUCUGCAAAAGCAGAGGAUGAUGAGAUAUGGACUUUUAGUGUCAGAGCUUUCGGCUACACUCUCCCCGAACGCACCAUCAAUGUGAAUUAUGAUGGUUUUGCUGAAGAUGUGAAAGUGGGGGAUGAACUGCUUGUGGAUGGUGGCAUGGUGAGGUUUGAGGUGGUUGAGAAGCUUGGUCCCGAUGUUAAAUGUAGAUGCACGGAUCCUGGGUUGUUGCUGCCUCGGGCUAAUUUGACUUUCUGGAGGGAUGGGAGUUUAGUGCGAGAACGUAAUGCCAUGCUUCCCACAAUUUCUUCUAAGGAUUGGUUGGACAUUGAUUUUGGGAUUGCAGAGGGUGUUGAUUUUAUCGCUGUAUCUUUUGUCAAGUCUGCUGAAGUGAUUAAUCAUCUUAAAAGCUAUAUUGCUGCACGGUCUCGAGAUAGCGAUGUUGCUGUCAUUGCAAAGAUAGAGAGUAUUGACUCACUAAAGAACUUGGAAGAAAUUAUUCUAGCAUCAGAUGGAGCAAUGGUAGCAAGAGGAGAUCUAGGUGCUCAGAUACCGCUAGAACAGGUACCAGCAGCCCAGCACAGGAUUGUUCAAGUUUGUCGGCAGCUAAAUAAGCCAGUCAUUGUGGCUUCUCAACUACUCGAAUCUAUGAUUGAAUAUCCUACACCAACUAGAGCUGAAGUGGCUGAUGUUUCUGAAGCAGUGAGGCAGCGAGCUGAUGCUUUGAUGCUCUCUGGUGAGUCUGCUAUGGGCCAGUUCCCGGAGAAGUCAUUGGCUGUUCUCAGAAGUGUUAGUCUGAGGAUUGAGAGAUGGUGGAGGGAAGAGAAACAUCAUGAAGCUAUGGAACUCCCAGGCGUUGGAUCGUCAUUUUCAGACAGUAUUUCAGAGGAGAUUUGCAUUUCUGCUGCCAAGAUGGCUAACAAUUUAGGGGUAGAUGCUCUUUUUGUCUAUACAAAGACGGGCCACACGGCAUCUCUCCUGUCACGCUGCCGGCCUGACUGCCCAAUCUUUGCUUUUACUAACACAACAUCUGUGAGGAGGCGUCUGAACCUACAGUGGGGUCUGAUACCAUUUCGGGUGAGCUUCUCUGAUGAUAUGGAAAGCAACCUGAAUAAAACCUUCUCACUGCUCAAGGCCAGGAAUUUGAUCAAAUCAGGUGACCUUGUUAUUGCUGUCUCAGACAUCUUGCAGUCCAUCCAAGUUAUGAAUGUUCCUUAA